CAGGCUGCCCAGACAGCCUCCCCCGCCCCCUCGGCGUCCCGCUCCCGCCCCCGGCUUCGCCUCCCGCUGCCGCCGCCGCCGCCGCCGCAGCCGCUACCGCCGCUGCAGCCGCUUUCCGCGGCCUGGGCCUCUCGCCGUCAGCAUGCCACACGCCUUCAAGCCCGGGGACUUGGUGUUCGCUAAGAUGAAGGGCUACCCUCACUGGCCUGCCCGGAUCGACGACAUCGCGGAUGGCGCCGUGAAGCCCCCACCCAACAAGUACCCCAUCUUUUUCUUUGGCACACACGAAACAGCCUUCCUGGGACCCAAGGACCUGUUCCCCUACGACAAAUGUAAAGACAAGUACGGGAAGCCCAACAAGAGGAAAGGCUUCAAUGAAGGGCUGUGGGAGAUCCAGAACAACCCCCACGCCAGCUACAGCGCCCCUCCGCCGGUGAGCUCCUCCGACAGCGAGGCCCCCGAGGCCAACCCCGCCGGCGGCAGUGACGCUGACGAGGACGAUGAGGACCGGGGGGUCAUGGCCGUCACAGCGGUAACCGCCACAGCUGCCAGCGACAGGAUGGAGAGCGACUCGGACUCAGACAAGAGUAGCGACAACAGUGGCCUGAAGAGGAAGACACCUGCGCUAAAGAUGUCGGUCUCGAAACGAGCCCGAAAGGCCUCCAGCGACCUAGAUCAGGCCAGCGUGUCCCCAUCCGAAGAGGAGAACUCGGAAAGCUCAUCUGAGUCGGAGAAGACCAGCGACCAGGACUUCACACCUGAGAAGAAAGCAGCGGUCCGGGCGCCACGGAGGGGCCCCCUGGGGGGACGGAAAAAAAAGAAGGCGCCGUCAGCCUCCGACUCCGACUCCAGGGCCGAUUCGGACGGGGCCAAGCCUGAGCCGGUGGCCAUGGCGCGGUCGGCGUCCUCCUCCUCCUCUUCCUCCUCCUCGUCCGACUCCGAUGUGUCUGUGAAGAAGCCUCCGAGGAGCAGGAAGCCAGCGGAGAAGCCUCCCCCGAAGCCGCGAGGGCGGAAACCGAAGCCUGAACGGCCUCCGUCCAGCUCCAGCAGUGACAGUGACAGCGACGAGGUGGACCGCAUCAGUGAGUGGAAGCGGCGGGACGAGGCGCGGAGGCGCGAGCUGGAGGCCCGGCGGCGGCGAGAGCAGGAGGAGGAGCUGCGGCGCCUGCGGGAGCAGGAGAAGGAGGAGAAGGAGCGGAGGCGCGAGCGGGCCGACCGCGGGGAGGCUGAGCGGGGCAGCGGCGGCAGCAGCGGGGACGAGUUCAGGGAGGACGAUGAGCCCGUCAAGAAGCGGGGACGCAAGGGCCGGGGCCGGGGUCCCCCGUCCUCCUCUGACUCCGAGCCCGAGGCCGAGCUGGAGAGAGAGGCCAAGAAAUCAGCGAAGAAGCUGCAGUCCUCAAGCACAGAGCCCGCCAGGAAACCUGGCCAGAAGGAGAAGAGAGCGCGGCCCGAGGAGAAGCAGCAAGCCAAGCCCGUGAAGGUGGAGCGGACCCGGAAGCGGUCCGAGGGCUUCUCGAUGGACAGGAAGGUAGAGAAGAAGAAAGAGCCCUCCGUGGAGGAGAAGCUGCAGAAGCUGCACAGUGAGAUCAAGUUUGCCCUAAAGGUCGACAGCCCGGACGUGAAGAGGUGCCUGAAUGCCCUAGAGGAGCUGGGAACCCUGCAGGUGACCUCUCAGAUCCUCCAGAAGAACACAGACGUGGUGGCCACCUUGAAGAAGAUUCGCCGUUACAAAGCGAACAAGGACGUAAUGGAGAAGGCGGCAGAAGUUUAUACCCGGCUCAAGUCGCGGGUCCUCGGCCCAAAGAUCGAGGCGGUGCAGAAAGCGAACAAGGCUGGGAUGGAGAAGGAGAAGGCCGAGGAGAAGCUGGCCGGGGAGGAGCUGGCCGGGGAGGAGGCCCCCCAGGAGAAGGCGGAGGACAAGCCCAGCACCGAUCUCUCAGCCCCAGUGAAUGGCGAGGCCACAUCGCAGAAGGGGGAGAGCACAGAGGACAAGGAGCACGAGGAGGGUCGGGACUCGGAGGAGGGGCCAAGGUGUGGCUCCUCUGAAGACCUGCACGACAUACGGGAGGGUCCCGACCUGGACAGGCCUGGGAGCGACCGGCAGGAGCGUGAGAGGGCACGGGGGGACUCGGAGGCCCUGGACGAGGAGAGCUGAGCCGCGGGCAGCCAGGCCCAGCCCCCGCCCAAGCUCAGGCUGCCCCUCUCUUUCCCCGGCUCGCAGGAGAGCAGAGCGGAGAACUGUGGGGAACGCUGUGCUGUUUGUAUUUGUUCCCUUGGGUUUUUUUUUUCUGCCUAAUUUCUGUGAUUUCCAACCACCAUGAAAUGACUAUAAAGGGUUUUUUAAUGAAAAAAGAAA